AACCCUACCCAGCCAUACUCUUCACUCUCACUCUCACUAGUCACUAUCUUUGUUCUCUGUAGAGGUUCCUUUGUUUUCUCACAUGCUUCUCACCUCGGCUCCAGGAUCCGCACCAGCCUCAUCACCAACCAAGUCUCCAUCUCCGACUUCUUCUCCACCGUCUCAUCAUUCUCAUGCUUCCGCUCCCACCUCAAAGCCAUCGACUCCCUCUUUGGCUCCAACUCCAUCCGCCACUCCUCCGUCGCCUUCCUCCGCUUCGUCAACCUCGCCUCCGGCUCCUCCCCCACCGAUCACCCCAACCCCCUCCAAUGCGCCGACCGUUACUCCCUCUCACAGACGACAGCACACUCCACUCUCCGGUCCCUCUCUCUCACGGUCUCUACCUCUGCCGCCGCCUCCCCACGCCGGCCUCUCCACAGUCUCUCUUGUUUGGAUGGUGGUGACUGUGUUCCAUGAAUUCGGUUAUGCACUUCAACGUAUGUUGACCAAGCAAGAUGAGGGUUUAGUUUCUGGUGUACAGGGGAUAGAGUGGGACGCUGCUGAAUUAUCUUCUCUGUUCAUGGAAAAAUGGUGUUAUCACAAAGAUACUCUCAUGAGCAUUGGAAAGCAUUAUAAUACCAAGAAGAGUAUCCCUGAAUCACUUUGUACGGAUUUGCUUAAAAAUGUGGAGCUCUUCAGAGGCUUAGUCGGUCUUCACCAAGUAAGAAUGGGGAUUUUAGAUUUGCAGUUGCAUGCAAUGUACAUUCCUGAUGGGCCAAAAACUGCCCUUGAUUAAGUAAGAGUGUUUAUGAAAUCACAUCCGUGUACCCUAUGCUACAAGAAGAUAGGUAUCUUUGUAGCAUCUCUCAUAUAUUUACAGGUUUGUUUUCCCUCUCAAAUUGACUUCUUUCUAAAAUCAUUUUUAUUUCUUCAACUCCAGCCUAACCUAUUGAUAGUUUCCUUUUUCAUGAAUAUUAGAUGAAUAUGCAGCUGGAUAUUAUGGCUGCCAAGUUUUUUUUUAUUCCUAUAUUAUUCAUAAUUGUCUGUUGCAUUCUAUAUGAUUCUUUCGUGAAUUGUGGGCAAGUUUUCUAUUGUUGUUUGUAUACCCUUUGUACUUUAUUCCUCUUAAAUUUACUUUGACACCAUAUUUCUGCAUUUGGCAGUGGUCUGAGAUGAUGGCAGUAGACGGUCUCUGCAUUUGAGGCUGCUGGACUGAAUGACAAGGAGGCUAUGAAAGAAAUGGGGCACAAAUUCCGAGAGACGAUCCUUGCUCUUGGAGGUGGCAAUGCGGCAAAAGAGGUAUUAAAAAAUUCAAGGGAAAAGAACAUUCAUCAAAGGAACUGUUGAAGCAAAUUAGAAAAUCUUUACCAGAGGAACUGCUCAAGCUGUCCUCCUCAGAGUCUUCACGGGAACAGAAACGGAGGAAGAAGUCUUCAUGUGAACAGAAACGGAGGAAGAAGUCGUAAUUAGCUUUUUGAAAACUUUUGAUUUUAAAGAUGAAAGCCCUUCCUUUUUGUUUUCUUGUUUCUCAUUUAACUUUUUUUUCCCGUAUUGAAGGUAGUAUAUGGAAAGUAAAACUAUCCCAAUUUUUUAAGGAUAUGGGAUUUCCGAAGAUAAGGGUCUUGUAAUUUAUUGUACCCCAAUUAGUUUAGACUUUCUGACACAAUAUCAAAACAUUUUAUAUAUUGUCGAGUAUGGUCAUGCGUGCUUUUUACCAA